UGACAAGAAAACGCCACUUCCUGCUAGACACACACAUUGCAGUGCUUUUGGGUUUGGGACCAACUGUUUCUGCUCUAGACAUAUCUGCAGCAAGAAAAUACCACAAGCAGAGAAAACAAACCCAGAACAUGAACGGGUUCUGCAUGCUCGUCACUCAGCCUUUUCUUGAAAGAAUUUCUGAAAAGCGCCGAGCUCUGGAUCUAUUUCAAUUGAUGUCAAUCCUACUCCAGGACGGAAGGAGCAUGCUCCAGUCUGCAUCCUUGAAGCAGUCUGAAAAGAUCCAACGGUGAAAGGUCAAGAAAUCCUGAGCAGACUUCUAAUCGGUUUGGACAACCUCUGGACAACCUAUGGUCUAUCCAGAGACUUACAUUAUUUAAACAAUUAUUACGGUUCACUUGUAAAUUUACCCACACACUAACAAAGUGAGACACAGAGUUUUAUUUUGAGAGAGUAAAUACUGUGGCCUGAUUAAUUUCUUCUCCACACUUGAUUGGCCUUCAGAUUCCAAAGAAGUUCAAAGGAGCUCACGACAAAUGAUGACAUCUUCACCCGUCAAAGGAAUUUUACGCCCUGUGCUCUAUGCUGUCAUCUUCCUGGGUUGCGUUGUGACUUUAAUAAUACUGUAUGUCAAUCCAUCCAAUAGCUGGAUCUCCGGUCCCAUGGAGUCAGCAACCUCUGUGUUCAAGAUAAAAAAACUGUUCUCAUCAAAAAAUGAGGCAUUGGAAAAUCAAACAAUUGUGCUCAUUUGGCUCUGGCCAUUUGGACAGACCUUUGAGUUGAAUUCCUGCAGCUCUCUAUUUAACAUUCAAGGUUGUCUCUUAACAGUGGAUAGGAGCAUAUAUAACAAGUCUCAUGCAGUCCUUAUCCACCACAGAGACAUCAGCUCGGACAUCUCCAAUGUACCACAAUCCGUACGACCCUCAUUCCAGAAGUGGGUAUGGAUGAACCUCGAAUCACCAACCCACACUUCACAAACGUCUGGUCUCGAGCAUCUGUUCAACCUGACUUUAACUUACAGACGGGACGCUGACAUUCAAGUGCCUUAUGGAUCCCUGAUUGGAAACCAGGAGCCUAUGGAGUUUGUUCUACCCAUUAAAAACAAAAUGGCCUGUUGGGUUGUGAGCAACUGGAACCCUGACCAUGCUAGAGUGAAGUACUACAAUGAGCUGGACAAGCACAUCGAAAUCCACACCUAUGGCAAGGCCUUUGGCGAGUACUUGGAUGACUUGAUUUCCACUGUUUCCACUUGUAAAUUUUAUCUGUCCUUUGAGAAUUCCAUCCACAAGGACUACAUCACAGAGAAGUUGUAUAAUGCUCUGCAGGCAGGGUCUGUACCAAUCGUCCUGGGGCCCUCAAGAGAGAACUAUGAGAAUUAUAUCCCUGGUGAUGCGUUUAUUCACGUGGAAGAUUUCCUUUCACCAAGAGACCUGGCGGAUUACCUUAUAGCCCUGGAUAAAAACGAGGAUUUGUACCUCCAGUACUUCACCUGGAGGAAACACUUUUCAGUGAGGAUGGCAAAGUUUUGGGAGGAGCACGCUUGUCUCACCUGUGAUCAUAUUAGAAGACACCAGGAGUACAAGUCACUUCCUAAUCUUAAAACAUGGUUUUGGGAAUAAAACUGUACAUUACAGGGCCCUAUUCAAAAAGAUUUAACUCAUGAAUGCUUUGAUGAUAUAAUGAUUGUUUGAUACGUGUGAUAUGUUGUUAAUGUCCUUAACAACAGUCUGGAACAUUUUAUUCAAUUCAUAAAAACAGACUUUAUAAAAAAUAAAAAUAAAAUAAAAUUAUAUAUAUAUAUAUAUAUAUAUAUAUAAAUGCAAGCAAUUCGCAAAUAUUUAUGUAUAUAGAUACAUAUAUAUAUAUUAGGCCUGUCACUCGAUUACAAAUUUUGAACGGUUUGUGGGCAUUAGUUGAUUCAUCGGUAGAUUCAUCUGUGCACAUUUUUAAUAAAGGUAGCGAUCUUAUAGCAGCUGUCCUGCAUAGUAAUAACAAAAAAACAAUAGAAUCUAAAAAAACAAAAAAACAAUAGGAAUUUGGUCUUUUUAAAAGCAUUUUUAUUAUUAUUUUUAUUUUAGUAAAUGUAACAUUUUCACAGAACAACCACUCUUUCCGGCCACUGUCAGUCACAUGCCUGAAAACACAAGACAGCUGAGCUGCGUUUCCAUUGUCGGGUGUUUCAUCUACCAUUACAGCUGCAUACCUGGCUUCCUCUACUUCUGCUUUUAUUCAUUCUGAAUCUUGUUAGAGACACCCGAUAAUACUGUGGCUCUUGACAAGUGAUUGCUUAACAUGCUGUCUUAGAAAUCAGAGAAAGUAAUUCCACAUAAUUACCUUUAUUUGCGGAAUUGGUGCCCUCAUCGUGCCCUCUGAAUGUCAGUUAUUGCUUAUCUCUAUAAUAUUAGCAAUAUCGUGUGAAAUUCAGCUAUUCUUAAAUCGCGCACCUUAGCAUAUUUACAGUGCCUUGCGAAAGUAUUCGGCCCCCUUGAACUUUGCGACCUUUUGCCACAUUUC